GAACUUCAGUACUUACCACCAUGCAGGGUCGGAUUUGUGCAGUCCAGGCCUAUUCAAGCUUUCAUCGCAGUUGAAGAAAACUUUACAGAUGAUAUGGGAGACUUACAGCCAGACGAAACCAACCUUCUUAAUAACAAUCUAAGCCAAGUUUCAAUCACUGAAAACAGUGCUGAAAUAUUCUCAAAUGCGAACCAGCUGCCUCUAGAAACAGUAAGUCAAAAUAGUAUUGGACACAGAAACUGUAACACUAUACGUUGUCCAGCGACCCAGCAAAAAAUGUGGGCUACUAAUGGCCGCAUAUGCUAUCGUUUUAAUGGAUUUUGUCACAUGAUCAAGGAGAAUUGCCGUCGUCGUAACCGCAAUCAGCGCAUUCUUCAGCCAAGUACGCGUCGUAUUUGCCGUCAUCAGAAAUCUCAACUGUCUAAAUCUGAAAACUUGAGUUCGAACUAACCAAUAUAUUAUGAAAUAGCAAAAUAUAAUUGAAGUUAGAAAUUG